AUGCAUGCCAGAACACAAAACAUCUACGACGACCCACAGUUCUUUUCGGCGUACAGUACACUGCAGCGAUCUCAGCAAGGACUCGCCGCAGCACCAGAAUGGCCAUCCCUGCGCCAUAUGAUUCUCGGCUCAGCCAGCAAUGCCCUCCCACAAUCUCGAGUCCUUGAUCUGGGAUGUGGAUAUGGCUGGUUUGUCCGCUGGGCCCGCGAAAAUGGGGCCAGUUACGUGAAGGGCGUGGAAAUCUCCGAGAAGAUGAUUGAGAAAGCAAAGUCAUUCGAUGCAGAUACAGCGUCCACUUUCCCGGGGGAGAUAUGCUAUGAAAGACAUGAUCUUGAAACAAUCACCUUGGAUGAGAAUCCUAACCGCGAAUCCUACGAUCUGGUCUACAGUUCUUUGACAUUGCACUACAUCGAAGAUCUUGGCCGAUUGUUUCGGCAGAUCCACUCUUUUUUGAAGAAAGGCAAUGGGUCUGCGAGCGGGAAAUUAGUUUUCUCUGUGGAGCAUCCGAUCUAUUCCGCGCCUGUUCGACCUGCGGCAGAUUGGAUUGAUGUCCCGGUUGAUGAGGGCAAGGGCAAGGCGUGGCCGUUGAAUUCCUAUAGCGAGGAAGGAUUACGGGUUACGAGCUGGCUGGGUACUGAUGGGGUGAGGAAGUAUCAUCGAACGACGGAGACAUAUGUGUCGUUGUUGUUGGAGAAUGGAUUUGCCUUGACAGGACUGAAGGACUGGGCUCCAUCGCAGGAUGAUAUUGCAGCGCAUCCAGAGUGGAGCGUUGAGCGUCACCGGCCGUUUUUCUUACUCCUCGCGGCGGAGGCUCGAUAG